AUGACUGGUCGGGACGCGCUUUCCGACGGGCGCGCCAGAGAUACGGCGCUAGUGCCGGGAGGUUCUGCCACAAGCCAGCGCCCCCGGAGCUUUGCUAUUACUGACCUGCUGGGCCUGGAGGCGGAGCUGCCAGCGCCUGCAGAUCCCGUGCCAGGAUCAGACUGCGAAGGCCCGGCAGUAGCACCUUGUAAGGGACCUGGGCUUGGCGGCUCCUGCCUGGCGCAUGGGGCCCUCCCACUGGGGUUCGGUCUCUUCUGCGGCUUCAGUACUCAGCCUCCAUCCGUCGCUCGUGCUCCCUGCUUGCUCCUAGCAGACCUCCCAUUCCUGCCGUCCAGAGGGCCUGAACCCUCUGCUUCGAAAGUCUCAGGCUGCUCACCACCCCUUCUCCGCCCGCAGAAGCACAGCGAGAGCGUCUCGACGUCAGAUGAGGAUAGCCUUACUGAAGACAGGAGUGACUUGAAGGUGUCCCCCACGAUGGGCAAGAGGAAGAAACGGCGGCACAGGACUGUUUUCACGGCCCACCAGCUAGAAGAGCUGGAGAAGGCGUUCAGUGAGGCCCACUACCCUGAUGUGUAUGCCCGGGAAAUGCUGGCUGUGAAAACUGAGCUCCCUGAAGACCGAAUUCAGGUGUGGUUUCAAAAUCGGAGGGCCAAGUGGCGGAAGCGCGAGAAGCGCUGGGGCGGCAGCAGCGUGAUGGCGGAGUACGGGCUCUAUGGGGCCAUGGUCCGACACUGCAUCCCACCCCCAGACUCCAUUCUCAACUCCGAGAAAGGCAUAGCGGGCUCCUGUGCACCCUGGCUUCUGGGGAUGCAUAAAAAAUCCGCAGAGAUGAUAAGGAAACCAGGAAGUGAAGAAAAUCUGACAAGAUUCUGGGUCUCCGACCACCACAAGGAGGCGUCUAGCCUAAGUCAGGCAGGACUCCAGAAUGGCUCAGAAGGAACCAGCCCUGAGAAUGACCUGGAAGCUGUGGCCAUUGACCUCUCCAGUUCCACAUGGAAAGAGAGCAAGAGCCUGCAGCAGCAUGCUGGUGCUCCAGAAUGCUCAGAUUCCCAGGGGCUGGAGCGGUUCCCAUCAGGGAAGGUGGGAGCUUCGUGA